AUGUGGCAAUGCGGCGGUGAGGGCGCCAUGGCGGGCUUCUCUGCGCUGGACGAACAAAUCAACGCCCUGAAUGCCCUGCACAUCAGCAGCUCCAAGACACUGGAGAGUUUUGCCGACACCUCCAAGGCGAUUGCGGACCGCGCCCGUCGUAUUGCGGCCGAUGUGCAGCCGUGGGAAGUGGCGCAGGAGAAUAUCGCCUCCACCAUUAAGGAGAUGUCGAGGGCGGCCCGCUGCUAUCACCCUCCGCCCGCACUGCGGCUUGUACUGGCACGAAGGGAGAAAAGCCCAGAGGUGGUGUGCAAAUGCAUUGACUACUUAGUGUUCACCGACAACUACCUCGCGUCGCACCCAACAAAUCCCUACGCUGACCAGAUCGCGGCAAGUACUGCAGCGCAGCUGGCAACUGUAGUUGAGGUCGCAGAGGACACCGUGAAGGAGGCGUUUAUUAAAUCUCUGGAAAAGAAGGAGUUGUGGCAAUCAGGCGGAGCUGAGAAACGCAAAGGGGUUACUGCUCCAGUGGCAGCGGAAAAGACGUCUAUGCUUAUUCACGAUAUUUCGGCACUACGAGGAAUUGACCAAAUUAUGCACCGACUUGGUGAGAGCUUUAAUCGCAAUGACGUGGCCUCUCUGGAUGUGAAGGAGCUCCUUGCGGAACGAAUGCUUCGUCUGGUGGAUACCCUAUGUGGCAACUCUUGUAAAGAGGAUGAGAUGCAGUCGUAUGCUAUUCUGCCAGCACGACACGACAUUGCACCGAUGCGGAAGCAUUACCAAAAAGGAUGCCAUCCGCUGUUGGGUAUAUCUGCAACUGCUCGACAGAUUGUUAGUGAUGCGGGGGAUUGCCUAAAGCAGUAUGUGCUGGAGCCAUUGAAUGAUGCCUUUGAAGUUGUGGGAAUGCCUGGGGAAUUGGGCACCCUCGUCUUUGACCGCAUCAAGACGAAAUGCUUUGCCGCUGUAGAAGUGAACGCUGCGGUUUUAUCGAACCCUACAUUGAUGUUCGUUCUGUCUGGAGGGGAGGGCAUUGGUCUCUUGGGUGGCACCCGCCACUACCGUGAUGCCAUCUUUAUUGGACUAGACUUGUUGGAGGAGCUAUGGAAAUGGAAGAGUCUCGCAGAGGGCCUACCAGGCGAAAAUCAUGUCUUUAUUGAUUAUGUUGAUAGUGAAGUAGAACGAUUUCUGUUUGAGGUGCGAGAUCUGUUGGACUGUUAUGUGAGGUGUAAGGGAGCCCUCGACGCCAAGCUUCUCAAGGAGUAUAGUAAUGCCUUACACCGCACAGAGUGGGUGCCCUCGCUGGACUGCUCAGCCCACGUGUCCGUCACCAAUCAAGUUUACCUGCACAAACACAUGCUGACACACUACUUUGGUGCCAUGAAGUUGGCACUUCAUGGCACACUGCUGAAUGCCUCCUCCGAGGUGGAGGCACUGCAGGAGGUGGAGGACUACAUGAUGCGGUGCGUUUCGGGGACACUGCGUGACCUGGAGGUUAUUGCGGAGGUUGCGCUGGAGCUGCAAAGCGACACCAUAAACUAUGGUGGGUAUCGUCACUGCCGCCGGCAUGCUUCUUUCUUGUCGUUGCCGCUUGUUCAACACCAUUCCUCAGAGCGAGGCCAUGUCAUUUCGCCAGAUAUAUUUUUGUUGAACAAUAUAUUUUUUUUGGUUGAAAGUUACCGCAAGGAGGAUUGCUUCUACCAAUGUCGAUUGCCAACAGAGAACCCCGAAAGCUCCAAGAAGGAACCAACGGCGGAGGUGCCGUCUGUGCCAAUCGCUGCCAACAUCAUCGUCAUGCUAGAGGAUGAGAAAAAACGCUACGUGGAUGAGUUUGCUGCCUUGUGGUCGGAGUGCUUUCCAGCCGUAAACGGCAAUCCGCAAUUGACAAGCAUCACGCCGGAGAGUGGUGAGUUGCGGAAAUCGCAACGCAUGGCAGUGAAGCAUUGGUACAAGGCUGUGGCUGAUGCCUUAACUGAAAGGAUAUAUGCCUGCCGCACCUUUGCAGUUCUUGACAAGUCACAGCGUAACCUCCUCAUUGAAGCCUCUGUCGCCGCUGUGCGAAGUGGGUUUGCCACAUUUGAAACAAGGUUAGGAGGGCGGACGUGGUCGACUCGUCCCAUGAAGUGGAUGGGGCAAGGGGUGGAGCAAUGGGCAGACCAAUUGAGUAAUGCAUUCUAA